AUGGCACAAAGUAUGGCUUCAAUGGUAUUGCCCGCGCCGCCUUCUUGGUACCCGGGCCACAUGCGCCAGUUCAUGCGUAAUCUACCCGCCUAUCUCAGUCGUACAGACGUCGUACUCGAGCUGCGCGAUGCCCGCUUACCUUUGACGAGUAUCAACUCGACGUUCGAGGGUGGGUGUGUGAUUUUUACUUCCGUGCCUAACGUUUUUAUUUCCCGACCUUCGUUUCGCGAAAUUUUUUCGAUGCCGUUUGGAUAUCCGUCUAUUCAAAAAGCCGAUUUCCAGAAGCAAAUACGUGUUCGUCAAUCAGGCGUCAUCAGGCCCCUGGAUACGCUGUUGAACAAACAAACAGACUGCGCUGAUGCAGUGGAUUUGCAGCGCCGAAGAGCGAUGCUUUGUUUGUCAUUGAUCAUAUUGGCUCUGUCUGAGCGCAGUUCUUUGCCGACCGGCCAAGCUUACGCAAAGCCCCUUUCUUGCCCUUCCAUUACGAGUAACCGCUUUGAUUGCGUUCUCCGAAAAUGGAGGCAUGAGCGUCAGAAGCUUGCACAGGCGUUUUCUAAUUCGAGUAACCAGCCGUUGAGUGGAGCUGGUCCCUCAUUGCGUGGACAUUCGUCGCUCGUUUGUGAGCAUAUAGUCGUCAUGAAUAAGCGUGACCUAGUCCCGGAGUGGGGAAUUGAGCCAUACCAACGAGCAAUGGUAUCUAGAUUCCCCGACCAGCAGACUAUAUUCGCAUCAUGGAAUCGGCCUCGGGACGUCAAAAGUCUGCACGAGACACUCGUGAGCAUAGCUCGUGAGAACGCGCAUGUGUCUAACGAGUUGAACGUCCUUGUUGUCGGGAUGCCGAAUGUUGGGAAAUCGACAUUACUCAACGCCCUUCGGAAUGAGGGAAUGCCGGGACCAACACCCAAAGCACUUCGUACAUCCGCGUUCCCUGGACUAACAAAAGCGUUAUCAACGCGUCUCAAACUAUCUCAAGACCCGCUCGUCUAUUCUUUCGACUCGCCCGGGGUGAUGCUCCCCUUUCUCGGGAAGGGUGAACUCGGUGCGGAGAGGGGAAUCAAGCUUGCUCUUAUUGCUGGGAUUAGGCAAGGUCUUUAUCCCGACGAGACGUUGGCAGAGUACUUGCUUUAUCGGCUUAAUUUAUUGAACCCUGAAGAACCUGCAUACCUUUCUGUGCUUCCCCCAGGCACAUCACCGACAAAUGACGUAUACUACUUUCUCGAUUUACUAGCGCAACGCCUACGCAUGCUGAAGCGAGGUGGGGACCGUGAUACCGCGCGCGCGGCGGAAUGGUUCGUGCGAUGGUGGCGAGAAGAGGGUUGUGCGUUAUCUGCAAACGCUCCGUUUUUACCGUCGACGAGUUCUGUCGGUUCUGACGCGGGGAUAGAACCAUCCGGUGCACCUGCAGACUCAGACUCAGAUGCAGGUUCGCUAUUACAUGGGAAUAUUACGUCGACAUCGAAGGCGCGACGUGGAGGAUGGGGCUUCGACUUCCAAUGGGAGAUAAACGACGCAGAUUUGAGCUGGAGCCCUGACUCAAACUGGAGCAACGUGCAAUCCGACGAGAAUACCAAGUGUAUAGUCCAGCGAGAAAUGGGACGUGUGAUUGAUGAGUUCGUACGACGUACGGAAGAGGAAGAAAGGGAUGGAGGGUCCGUCUCAGCUACCCAGUUGAAGAAACUCAAGAAGGAGGAACGAACUGCGAAGAGGGAGAGGCGGGUGAGGGAUAUGCUAGCUAGACGACGGUCUGGGUAG